AUGACACUUUACCCCAAAUAUCACUGUGAGUGUAAUUGGAUUGAAAGGCAUUGGGUUGCUGUCAAAAGAAACGCUAGGCUUCAAUGUGACUACAUAUAUGCAUCUUUGAAAGAGAAUAUCGAUUUUUUUCUUGUUUACAAUCAAAAUCACAAUCAAGAAACCAAUAGAAAGUUCUUUAACAAAAGUUUCAGAUACAUCGAAGCAUACAGCCAAGAAAAAGAUGUGUUUGAAACUGAAGAAAUCAUAAAAAAGUUUUCUAAAGGGUAUACCUUUCACAGACGUCUGGUGUACCUUUUUGUUUUUAGUAUCAUCUUACUCAGUACAAUAAAAAAUCGCAUCAAAGCCUAUUCUAGUCCAGACGCACUCUAA